GAUGCGCCGCCUUCCUGUACGCCGUUUCCGGCGUUGAUCCGGUCGGGGCGGGGUGGGGCUGGUGGCAGUUAGGUGAGGCGUGUCAUGAGCAUCUCCGUUCCCAACGGCGAGCGGGCAGUCGACGCGCGGACGACUUGGCACGGCGCUCGGACUGUAGCUGUGUCAGUGUGUUAUGAUGCCAUCUCGUACUAACCUGGCUGCUGGAAUCCCCAGUAGUAAAGUGAAAUACUCCAGACUCUCUAGCACAGAUGAUGGCUACAUUGACCUUCAGUUUAAGAAAAGCCCUCCUAAGAUUCCAUAUAAGGCCAUUGCACUUGCUACAGUACUGUUUUUGAUUGGCACCUUUCUCAUCAUCAUAGGCUCCCUCCUGCUGGCGGGCUAUAUCAGCAAAGGGGGGGCAGAUCGGGCCGUUCCUGUUCUGAUCAUUGGCAUCCUGGUGUUCCUGCCAGGGUUUUACCACCUGCGCAUCGCUUACUAUGCAUCCAAAGGCUACCGGGGUUACUCCUACGAUGACAUUCCAGACUUUGAUGACUAGCACCUACCUCAGCCCUGAGGAGCAGAGUCAGAUGGGACUGAGCUCAGCUUUAAGAUACUGAGCAGAAACUAUAGCUUAGGGCUAAGGAAUUCUGCAGGUUGCAGAUGCUUAACAAAACAAUGGCCAUGUUUUAUGAGUCCAUCCUAAGAGCUUACAAUUAGCUAAUUAGGGCAUGCUCUAUAUUUUAUCUCCUGGCCCUGACCAAAAGCUGACAAGUUUUUCCACAUGAACAUGUAUCAUGGAAGAAUAGCAAUGUUAAUUGGAGAAAGUGGGAGGUUAUUCUGUAAUGGGAAGUGUUGCUGCCACCACCGUUUUUAGAGUUGAGCAUUUCUUUUAAAUAGUCUUUAUUAUCAGUUUGUUCUUUUGGUAAAUGGAAGAAUGCACUAUGUCAAAUUUCUUAUUACUAAGUAAUUUAUUUUGAAAAUACAUAAGUAUCUUACCCCCUGUUCUAGUGGAAGACCUUGGCAAAAUCAAAUAUUAGUGUGGGUGCAUCUGAAAUACUUUUUACUUGCUUUCUUAUUCAGAGCAAGCAGGAAUUUCAAACCUCAGAGCAAGUUUUCAAAAUGUAAACACUUUUUCUGCUCACCAUUGUUUGGCCAGCACUGAUCUGGCUCACAGUUAGGUUGGACACCAUAUAAUUUGGGUUUAUCCUUUAUAGAUUAAGAUGUUCUGUAUGUCAUGCCUUUAAGGACUAGACUUUUGGCUGUUUUCUAAGGAAAAAUGUAGAUAAGUGGUUGUUUAUUUUAGAGUUUGUAACACUGUUGUUAGCUUGUUUUAUGAUAUCCUUGAUCUGAAGAUUGCAAGAUUUGGCCUGGAUCCCUAGGGGACUAGACUGCCUUAGUUUGAUUCUGUUUCCUAGCGUGCAAAAAGUGACUUAUGUUCAAAAUGUCAAAAUCUAAACCCUACACUUAAAAAUGAGUUAACUUUAAACAUAUUUCAGAAAACAUUUUAAUGAUUAAAUGAUAUCUUAGAUCCAAAUACCCAGGACUACUUUUAUUUUUAGAUAACUGGCAUUGUAGGUCAGCCUGCUUUCCAGUCAUUCUUUUACUCUGAGGUUGCGGAUUCGCAGCUAGAGGCCUGGAAGUGCUAUUAGCUGGGAUCUGUAGGGCUCUGGGUAGAGCAAGUUUAACUGGGGAAGAUGAGUUCAGCUUUGGGUAUGUUAAGUUUUAGAUGUCUGCUUGACAUUCAAAAAGAGCUGUUGUUAAGGCAGUUGCAAUGCACAGGUUUGCAGUACAGGAAGGGAGUCUAGGCUGGAGGUAGAAAUUUGGGAGUCAGUGUUGGGACAAUAUAUCCAGGAACUAUGGGGCUGCAUGAGAUCACCCACAGAAUAAUGUACAUGGGAAAAAAACAUGAACUCAGGAAAUGAGGGUCAAAGAGGGUAACCUGAAGCAGCCUCCAAGGUUAGAUACUUCGUUAAUGGGAGGGUAGGUUGGGGAGUCCAGUAGUCUGAUUAAAGUUCUUUGGCCUUGGCAGUAAAGAUGUGAGGAAAUAUUCAAAGCUCUGUCCUGGGCAGUAUUUGCAAAGCAAAGCUCAGACCAGAAGGUCUUUUUUGUAAGGGUAAUGAUGCUGUUCUUAAGGAUAGGGAGGAAUGGAACAGGAGGAUAUAAAGGGGAAAGUAAGCAUUUGGUUGGGGUGAGUAAACAUUUGCUCCCCCACCCCAUUUCUCAAGGUUAUCUAAUAAGUUUCUUAUAUACCCUUUCAGAAACAUUCUAAGUAUGUAUGUGUAUAUCCUUUAAAACAACAACAACAACACAUGGUCUCCUAUUGUAUAGUUUUAUAAUUUCUUUUUUUCUACCUAUUUUUUAAAAUAUAUUUUUAUUGAUUUCAGAGAGGAAGGAAGAUGGAGAGAGAGAUAGAAACAUCAAUGAUGAGCCGGGACUGGUUUGGCUCAGUGGAUAGAGCGUCAGCCUGCGGAUUGAAGGGUCCCGGGUUCGAUUCCGGUCAAGGGCAUGUACCUUGGUUGCGGGCACAUCCCCAGUGGGGGGUGUGCAGGAGGCAGCUAAUCGAUGUUUCUCUCUCAUCGAUGUUUCUAACUCUCUAUCUCUCUCCUUUCCUCUCUGUAAAAAAAAAUCAAUAAAAUAUAUUUUAAAAAAAAGAAAAAAAAAAGAAACAUCAAUGAUGAGAGAGAAUCAUUAAUCAGCUACCUCCUGCACAUCUCACACCCAGGAAUCGACCCACAACCAGGGCAUGUGCCCUGACCUGGAAUUGAACUGUGACCUUCUGGUUCAUAGGUUGACGCUCAACCACUGAGCCAUGCCAACCAGGUUCUACCUAUUCUAUUUUGUAUAUCUUUCCAUAUCUGCAGAGAUCAGCCACAUUUUUUAUUUAUCUAAUUUUACCUGAGGAUAUUUCUCCAUAGAUUUUUAGAGAGAGUGGAAGGGGGGGCAGCGGGGAAAGAGAGACAUCAAUGCGAGAGAGACACAUGGAUUGGUUGCCUCCCUCAGGUAUCCUGACCAGGGCUGGGGAUUGAGCCUGCAACUGAGGUUCGUGCCCUUGACCAGAACUGAACCCGGAACCCUUUAAUCCACAGGCCAACGCUCUAUCCACGGAACCAAACCAACUAGGGCUUCAGCCGCAUUUUUUAAAUGUAAAUUAUAAGUACAGUUUAUCAUGUUGUGCAUGUUGUUAUAGGGUCCUUAGAGCAGAGACCAUGAAAGUCAGAUUCCUAAAGCAUGAGUUCUUUCUUGGAUGUCCCCUGAGGGAUGGUCCUCGUUCUAUGAACAUUCAGGCUCAUAAUUUCAUUCCAUUUAGGAUUGUUACAGGCAUACUGUUUAUUAAGCCAAGAUCCGACUCCCUGUAAAUAUGCACUGACAGCAGUUGUAUAUUCUGGUGCUUUACAGAAAACAUCUAGCCCGGCUGUCAUGGCUCAGUGGUUGAGCGCCAACUAUGAACCAGAAGGUCACAGUUCGAUUUCCCAGUCAGGGCACAUGGCAUGGGUUGGGGUCUGCAGGGAGUAGCCAAUCAAUGAUUCUCUCUCAGCACUGAUGUUUCUAUAUCUCUCCCUCUCCCUUCCUUUCUGAUAUCAAUAAAAGUGUAUUUUUCAAGAAAGAAAACAUCUAGAUCUCCAAAGUAAUAGUGAAUGUUUCUUGAACCCUUUGCCCAAUGUUGUGUCAAGCACUUACAUUAUGUAGUCUAUUUCAUUUUAGUCCUUGGGGAAAAUCUUGAGUUGGAUAAGAUUCUUAGGUAAUAGGUUGGAUAUUUGCAAGUCAAAUUUAGGAGAAGCCUCAAUUUACUCUUACCAGGUAUGAAAGCCAGAUGACUUUAGGGGCUGGACAAGUAAAGAAGUGGGAGGGGAGUAUGCACUGUGGUAGUAGGGAUGGUUGUCAAUCACCAAAUGUAUAUAUUACCUAGUAAGUGGCUGUCUCUCCCUCCCCUCUACCCUGGCCCCCCCCCCUUUAUUUUAAAUAUAUUUUAUUGAUUUUUAUUUUACAGAGAGGAAGGGAGAGAGAGUUAGAAACAUCGAUGAGAGAGAAGCAUCGAUCAGCUGCCUCCUGCACACCCCCUACUGGGGAUGUGCCCGCAACCAAGGUACACUGCCUUGACCAGAAUCGAACCCGGGACCCUUCAGUCUGCAGGCCGAUGUUCUGUCCACUGAGCCAAACCGAUCAGGGCUACCCUGGCCUUUAUAGUGUUGGCCAAACCAUGUGCCCUAGCCUUAUAAGGAUUUUCUUAUUUGCAACAAUUAUGCCUCUCAAGUCUAAAAGUCCUCCCCCAUUGCAUCAGCUGUCUACAUAUGAUGGCUAUUCCAGACCCAUUGUCUCUGGAUGAGCUUCACCUGGUCAGUGUGCCAGAAGCAUUUUGACUGCUUCCUUUCUGCCAAGAAUUGUCAAGUGCUGAAGGUACAGCGGGAAAAGAUAGAAUUUGGUUAGUGAAGAGCAGAGUUUGCACACUAGUGACCACAGAUGUUGGCUUUCAUUUUGUUUUUAAAAAUGGCAAGGUUCACAUUAUGUUGAUUUUUGGCUUUUCUUUGUUACUGAGACACUGCAACCAACUGGAGCAAGGUAGCCAAGCAGCUUUGGCUGAGCAGAAUUCUCCAGUUCAUUGCACUUCUCAUCACUGCUUAGUUAAUUUCAUUCCCAACCUUAUGUUAAUUUUCUUCCUUAAGGGCAAAGUAUCUGA